CCGUUUUUUUUUAGCCAUAGACUUUUUUUUACAUCUGACAAACGUUUUUUUAGCCGCGGGGUUUGUUAUGGUAUUCGACUUUAGUUGACCUUCUAUCCUUUACCGUCAGUAGGACACCAACAAACUCAGCAACAAUAACUUCUAUCCUUUGUAGUGACCGUCAGUCGACCGAAAUUCUCCAACUAGUAAAAUGUCAUUGAGUAAAAUUAACCUUCUUAGCGAUAACCCAAACCCACUUGUAGUCAACAACUUCAUUGGGGGCAAUUUCGUCAAAUCUAGCAAAUAUCUUGAUAGUUAUGACCCCUCGACUGGGGAAGUUUGGGCGCAAAUUCCAGAUAGUGACUCAGACGAAGUGGAUGAAGCUGUGAGGCAUGCGAAAAACGCGUUUCCCAUGUGGUCAAAUAAAACAGCUGCUGAAAGAGCAAAAUUCCUCAUUAAAAUGGCUGAAUCCAUAGAAGAAAAUAUAGAAAUACUAGCUUCUGCAGAAUCAAGAGAUCAAGGAAAGCCAGUUGCCUUGGCAAGAAGGAUGGAUAUUCCGAGAGCAGCACUCAAUUUUCGAGCCUUUGCUGAAUCUAUUUGUCACCACCUCAACAUCUCAAAUGGCAUACCUGAAAUGGGCUGUAUGAAUUACACAGUGAGAAAACCUGUUGGAGUUGCUGCAUUGAUUAGCCCAUGGAACCUUCCACUGUAUUUGUUGACAUUCAAGAUUGCUCCUGCUCUAGCUUCAGGAAAUUGUGUUGUAUGCAAGCCCAGUGAGGUUACAUCUGUGACAGCUUGGAUGCUAUGUAAACUGGCCAAGGAUGUGGGUUUACCGGAUGGAGUACUCAAUAUGGUUUUUGGAACUGGCAUCAAAGCCGGAGAAGCACUAAUUAAUCACAAAGACGUGAAUGUAAUAUCAUUUACGGGAUCAACAAACGUUGGACGUCACAUAGGACAAGUUGCCGCCAAGAGUAUUAAAAAAGUCUCGCUCGAGUUGGGAGGUAAAAACGCCGGGAUAAUCUUGGACGAUGCGGAUUUGUCUAAAGUUAUACCAGCUACGAUCAAUUCAUGCUUCCUGAAUCAGGGUGAAAUAUGCUUGUGUACUUCACGCAUCUUCGUUCAACGCCCAAUUUUCGAAGAAUUUGUUCAACGCCUAGUACAAGAAACCAAAAACUUGAAGGUGGGCCCACCUACGGAAGAUGUUUUUAUGGGUCCAUUGGUUAGCCAAGCACACCUGGAAAAAGUUAAGAGCUAUAUUGAUAUAGCUCGAAAAGAUGGAGCGACCAUUCUUUGUGGCGAAACUGUCGAUGAACUUUCUUUAGCUGCUCCACAUAACCAGGGAUAUUUCAUUCGACCAACGAUUAUCACGGGAUUGCCCGAUUCUUCAGCUUGUAUGCAAGAAGAAAUUUUUGGCCCCGUAGUGUGCGUCUCUCCGUUUGACGCGGAGGACGAAGUGAUUGAACGAGCCAAUAAUGUUAAGUACGGACUAUGUAGCGCGGUUUGGGGACAGAGUGGUGAAAGAUUGUUGCGAGUUGCUCACAAGUUACAUGUUGGUACUGUUUGGAUUAAUUGCUGGCUGAUACGCUCCUUGGAUAUGCCUUUUGGUGGAAUGAAAGAAAGUGGCAUUGGACGAGAAGGGACUUCUCAUUCUCUGGAUUUGUAUACCGAGGAAACAACAAUUUGCUAUAAAUUCCAGUAAUCUGCCGGUAGAGCCGCCGAUACUGAAGCAGAUCUUGGAAGUUUUAUUGCGUAAUUGAGUAGUAUAAGAAUCAUUACCACUUUAGACCAGAGGCGUGGCAUUUCGUGCAUGCAAGUAACAAAUACUCAUGCCAUGGCUAAUGGGUUUUCUCUUUAAAAAUAUCAAAUAAUAUCAGUCAUUUAAUAAUAUCAGCUUAUUUUACAGCUUGACGUAUCAUGUUUCAUCCGUAUCAAAGUUCUGUUGCCAAGCUCGGAAAACGAACGGCUUCUUCUUUCUUUGUCGUUAAAUUUUACAGAUAUUAUUAUGUUUUCCACUUGAUUUGAUGUGGUCGUGGCUUUAACACUUCGAACAUUAUGAAGUAGAGUUUGGAAUAAUUAUCAGUAGACGAUAAAAGUAACACAACACUUCUGAAUAAUUAAUUUACAUUAAAAAGUAUGAAAUACCAAA